AUGGUCAAGACAACAGGCGUGCCAAGCGGGAGGAUUUCUCCCAGCAGCGAGAUCUCAAGGCAGAACGCUGUCCGAGCGCCACGAACCAAGGUUUUGGCUGCGCGCGGAGAGUUUGCUCCCAGUCCCGGUCUGCACGGCAGGUUUGUCUACGAGACUGCCCAGCCCAGAGUCCUUCGGAUGCGAGACGAGGCAACACGGACUUCGUCGUACUCGUCCAUGCCAUCCGGUCCAGCCAGCAGUGAGCGAGUGAGUGAGGACAUGCCAUCAAGAAACCACACCCCCCACCCUCCAUUCCCCUCAACCCCUCCCAGGAGGCAUGGGUUGCACAGCACGCCCCAAGACAACACGCAUCUCUGA